AAGAAAUGUCAAAGAUAAUAAAACAUCUGAAAGUCAAAAAAUUCAAACCAAGCUUGCCAUAUUAGAAAAAUUAAAAGAUUCUCCUAAAAUCCUUAAAUUUUAUAAUAUUUUAAAAGUUGUAAACUAUCAAGUUAUGGUUUUUGAAUGGGCAGAACAUGGCACAUUUCAAGAAUUAUAUAAUGACCUCACGACUCAAACUGAAGAUAGAAAUUUUAAAUAUGCUUGUUAUAAUUUAUCAUAUACCAGUAAAAUAAAUUGUUUAAAUGAAAUUAUGGCUUCUAAAAAAUUAAAGGAACCUCCUAAAAAUUCCAUGCGAUAUAUAUUCAAAUCCUUUGCUAAAUCAGGUUCUUUUCUGUCACUGCUUCCUGAUGAGACAAUUGAUUUUGAUGGAUCUAAACCUCAACCACAACCUAUAGAACUUCCUGAAAUGAUCAUGAAUUUUAAUUUUCCAAAAAUAAUGCCUUUUGAAGAAGACAUUAAAGCUUAUAAAAAAAAAGAUUAUAAUACAGCUUAA